GCGGAGGGUGAGAGGCUUGGGGCGAAAUAAGGAGAUCAGUGGGGGUUUUCCGUGACCCUCCUGCGCGGGGGGAAAGGGGCGUUUCCCGGAACAUUUAUAAAGAGGAGCAGCGCGUCUAGUCGGGCAAAAAGAGCUCAGGCGCUGGGCUUUGUGGGGCUCUAGCAGCAAAAGCAACCAGGAUUUCAAUUGGUUCCGUUUCCAUUUCCACUUGGCUACAUUCCGAUCGCCUCCCGAGCAGACGCCUUUCCCUGAGUUUUGAGUUUCGUCUCGAUCACCAUGCAGCGGUCUUUCGUCUUUUUCCUCGUUGUUUGGGGCUCCUGGGCUUUUGAAAAAGGAUUCGCAGAGGAAAACUUUGUGAGAAUUUGGCCAGAAAAUCCUCUUGUGCAAUUUGGAGGUUCACUUGAGAUCAACUGCAGUGCCAAUAUUGAAGCAGAUGCGAUUGGCCUUGAGACCGCCUUCAGAAGGGAAAUCAUUGGAACUGGAUCCAAUUGGAAAGUCUUCCGUCUCACCAACAUCAGUGACUGGAACACUAUCUCAUUGUGCUAUGCUAAGGAUCACAAGGCAAAACCUGCAAAAGCAACCAUUACUGUUUACAAAUCUCCAGAGGGUAUUGAACUGCAUCCAGUACCAGAAAUGGAAGUGGGCAAGGAGUAUAAUUUAACAUGCCAGGUUUCUGGUGUAGCCCCCAUCCGGGACCUCACCGUGACCUUGCUGAAAGGGGAAGAGCAACUUCUGGUAAAGACCUAUAAGGAUCAUACUGACCGUAAGGCUGAUCGUGUUGUGGUGAACUAUCACAUGAUAGCUCAGAAAGAUGACUACAACAAGACGAUCACCUGCCAAACAUCCCUGGAUCUGAGACCAACAGGACCACUCUUGAAAAAUACUUCCCACAGCAUAUCAUUAUGGACUUUUGAUUUUGCAAAGGCUCCCUUGCUCCACACUGGCCUGUUCUUAGAAGCUGGGACCUUGAUGAAAGUGACGUGUGAUGCACCUGAGGCUUCCCCAGCCAAUGAGGCCGUGUUUGAUCUGCGGUUUGCAGGGAAGUCCCUGACCUUCAACACCACUGUGAUGGGAGGCUUGGCAAGUGCCCAGGCUGUGAUAGCCUCUUCCUCAGUUGGAGAUCAUGAGUUGAUUUGCACGGUCUCUCUGGGACCAGUGACCAAAAAUGUGACAAAGAUGGUGAAUGUGUUUGCUUUACCAAAUCCCAUCUUGCAAAUUGGCAGUUCAGAAGCUGGUCAAAAAGUGAACAUUACAUGUGGUGCAGAGGGCAGUGCUUCUCCUGGUUUUACAAUGCAGAUCAUGGACACUGCCAAAAUAUUAGCAUCUGGCAACGUAAAUUUCCUGCAGCAUGAAAUGAUUGCUCAGCAAGAGGAUGACAAGAGGGAAUUCAUCUGCCAAGUAACCCUGACCGUUGAUGGGCAGGUCAAGGAAAAAAGCGUGUCUCAAAUACUUACCGUCUUCUACGGGCCCCAAAUGGAUGAUUCCAGCUGCCCCCAGACAUGGACUUGGAAGGAGGGAAGUACGACAACACUUACCUGCACAGCCUUGGGAAACCCCACACCGACUGUUCAGUGCUGGAAAGAUGAGAGACUUUAUGACAUCGGGGAACCACAGCGAGUCCAGACAGAGCAUGGUGGCAUUUAUCACUGCAAUGCUACCAACCAGUAUGGCUUUGAUGUUAGAGAUGUGACCGUACACGUUGAAUCUCCUCAGUCCAUUGGCCAUAUCAUUGGCUAUAUAGUUGCUGGGCUGGUGGUUAUUGCUCUUGUGGCUGGUGUAGCUUAUUGGAUAAGCUAUCAAAAAAAGAUUGGGGUCUACCGACUGUGGCAGCAACGGAAGCAACAGCAAUCGCCACAAAACUCAAUGGAGCAAAGAUUCCUGAAUGGCAAUGCAAAUGUCUGAGCAGACCUGUGUUUUCUACUAACUGAAGGACCACUUGUCCCAAUGCCAGCAAGAUUAUAGCUGUGUUCAGUGUUCAUCACUCUACUUAGCUACAGAGGAAGAGGAUGUUGAUUACAUGCCAUCAAGUCAUUAUUUAUUUAUAUUUAUUUAUUUAAAACACAUGUAGCUGGCCAUCUUUCAACAACUCUGGGUGGCUCCCAAUCAAAGAUGAUGAGCCACAUGGAUAGAUUUUCUCCAUGAUGUGGAAGAAGAGAUAUGGCACACUAUUCUUCAGCUCCUGAGCAUUGGAUGGGCAGUGGUCCAACUGGCCUUUGUUUUUGGACUUUGG